AUGGCGGACCAAACCUCCGAUUCAACGUCUUCCGCGGCUCUUGUCUCCUUAUCUUCUCCUACUGCUCCUAAGAAAGAAAUUAGCAGUCCUGUUGAUUCGAAGCUCACGGAAUUGAACGAAUCAAGGGCUGAGUUGCUUAACAGGAUCCAGAAUCUGAAACAGGACUUGCAAAGCUGGAGAGGUAAAUUGGACACCCAAGUUAAAGUCUACCGUGAGGAGCUCUCUGGGUUAAAGAAGACUCUGAAUCUUGAAGUUGAGCAGCUACGUGAGGAAUUCAAAGAUCUGAAAACCACCUUAAAUCAGCAACAAGAUGAUGUUACUGCUAGCUUGAAAAGCUUGGGCCUACAAGAUAACUCCAAAGAUUCAAAAGAGCAUAUGGAUAAAAGCGGUGAGGUGAAAGAUGAGAAAGCGGAAGCUCGGUUGGCUGAUGAAAAUGUCAAAGAAGAAGAGCAUUAG